GCAAGAGUUACGGGGGCUUGUGUGCGAGGAAAACACACAAAGAAUGUAAGGGAACUAAUAGAUGACAGAUGCUUAUAAAUCGGACUACAGACGUGGAUGAAAUGUCGAAUUUACUGUUACUAAACUUAUGGGCAUCCGGAUGUUACCACCACUCCUUCUUGAUCGACAAAAAAAUAAUUAUAUGGUCCCGAACUAUUACUCCCUCGCAACAAUAGUUAAGAUCAAGAGCACGGAAAUAUGUUAGAGUAAAAAUACCUAACAAAUUUUUGUACGUGCAUUAUCUGAUCAUUCAUUAGGAAUUAGAGAAAAAAGCCCUUUAAUAACACAAAAAAAAGUUAGAAUGGCACAAGAGCAAAUGAAGAGGAGUCCGGAAAAAGACAUAAAAAGUGGCGGAGGAAGUAUUAGUAUUAGUAGUGAUAGUAACAAAGAUAACGGACGUGGUGGAGGAGGAGGGGGGGGGUUCAAGUUCAAUGCGCAAGCGUCGGAAUUUGUGCCAAGGUCAUACACUACUAGUAGUAGUUAUGGCAAUCAUCAAAUGUUAUCGACGGGGUACUUCUACCCGUGUGUGCAAUUUUUGCAAGACGGGGAUCAUGUUAUGGGAACCCCGUCUACCGAUUGGUACUAUGUUAGUCCUUCGCCCCCUCCUUCCCCUCGUAAUAAUAAUAGUAACACUAAUAAUAAUAAUAAUAACAAUAACAACAGCAAUAAUGGUAACGAUUUGAGUCCGGUACACCCGUCCAACUUCUCCGAUUCUCCAACUUCCCAGUCUCAAUCUAGCUUGUCCCGGUCGAACUCCCUCAAUGAUGAUCUGCAUCAAAAGAUCGUCAAACAGGUAGAAUACCUAUUCAGUGAUCUGAGUUUGAUGGCAAAUGAUACAAUGGCAAAACAUGUAAGCAAAGAUCCUGAAGGUUAUGUUCCUAUUCCUGUCAUUGCAUCUAUGAAGAAGAUUAAAGCCCUUGUUACUGACCACCAAAUGCUCGUCCAAGCACUUCGCUCAUCUACGAAACUUGUUGUAAGUAAGGAAAACAAGAAGGUCAAAAGAAGGAGUCCCUUUACAGAAAGUUACAGAGAUGAGCUCCAGUGUCGUACUGUAAUGGUUGAGAAUUUGCCUGAUGAUCAUUCAUACCAGAACCUUGAGAAAAUAUUUAGUGUAGUUGGCAGUGUGAAGGCCAUCAGGCUAUGCCAUCCCCCGGAAGCUAAUCCUUCUCGGUCCAAAAAUGAAGCUAUCAUCAGUAACAAGCUUCAUGCACUUGUCGAGUAUGAGAAUGCCGAAUUUGCAGAAAAAGCGGCUGAAAAGUUGAAUGACGAGAGAGAUUGGAGAAAAGGACUGCGAGUUAGGGUCAUGCAACGACGCACGCCAAAAUCUAUCCUGAAGACCAGAAAGUCGGACUUUGAUUUGCUUACUGAUGAUGAUGAAUCGACACAUGGUGAAUCGCCUAAAGAAAUCUCCCAACCAAAUGGUUCAGAAUUGGUUAAAGAUAACAGUCUUCAGGGUGAAGAAAGUUCUGGUGUCCCAAAAAAAUUGGCAUCACCACGUGGGCGUGCUAAAACCAAAGGACGAGCUGUUCAAAGUCUAAAUGAUCGUGGCUUGCUUUCUUCACCUAUACAUUCAAUUGGUGUCUCGCGAUGUGAUACAUUAAGAACGAAGCUAAUCAACAAGGGACCGCGAAUGCCUGAUGGCACUAGAGGCUUCACUAUGGGACGAGGGAAACCGAUUAUAACUUCCUCGACUCCAAGCUCACCUGUGGGGUGAAACAUAGAUAACAAUGAUAUGUAAGUCGGUUUUUGGUUCAUUCUUUUGUUUGCUAAGAAGUCUAUUUAUUAGUCGAGUAUGUUGAGAUUGAUUACUAUACAACAAAAAGAACCAAAAAAAAAAAAAAAAAAAAUGAAAACAAAGUUUAAUAUGUAACACAUUUUGUAAGACAGGGUUCUUGAAGAACUUCUAGGGCUGACAUUACUUGAUAAUAAGAUUUUGCAUUCUUUCUCUUUGCUUUAA